AUGUCUGGUGACUGUUCCGUUUCCGGUCAAUGUGACGAUCCUAUGAUUACCCACCAAGCUGAUGGGGAUGAUUUGAAGACGAUGGAAACGGAAACAAUAGUUGAAGAAUUUGUCAGAUUAAAGCUAAAACAAAGUGCAGGAAUUGUUCAACGCCGACGAACUUCAACUGAUAUGGAGACACAAGCUCUAAUUGGUCGCCUUAUAGAAAUAUCAAAUGAGUUAGAAGCUCAAUAUGGCGAACGGUUGAAUCAAGAUGCUGAAAUGUGGAUCAAGUCAGCCACCUAUGAAAAGUUUUUACAAAUUGCAAAAGGAGUUUUCUCGGAUGGGAUUAUUAACUGGUCACGAAUUGUGGUAUUGUUCAUGUUCGCUGUCAAAGUGGUAGUCAAUGCAAUUUCAAAAGGAUUUAGUGGUCUUGCUGGUGAUGUCAUAAGAUUUGUUGUCAAAUUUAUUUUUAUUCAUGGUAUUUACAAAUGGGUCGAAAGUCAUGGUGGUUGGGUGGCUGUUUUACGCGAGUAUACCCCACAUUCUAAUUCAAGUGGUCUAUUUGUAUUCGGCCUCACUCUGUUAAUUGUUUGCUUAUUGUUAACAAGAAAGAUUUAG